GUUCCAGGUACGAAGUUUUCCCGUAGAUGGCUCCCACCUUUUUUUUUUCAGCCGCGGGGAGAGCUUGGGGCUGCAGACAUUGAGAAUUUUCCAUCGUUGCCUCCUUUUCAGCGCCAUCCCCUCCUGUGCCUUGGGCUCCCAACCCCAGACCCUUCCUCACAACUUGAACCUUGCCAAUGGACCUGAUUGGUUUUGGUUAUGCAGCCCUGGUGACAUUCGGAAGCAUUUUGGGAUAUAAGCGGAGAGGUGGUGUUCUGUCUCUGAUUGCUGGUCUUUUCAUUGGAUUUUUGGCUGGCUAUGGAGCUUACCGUGUCUCCAAUGACAAGCGAGAUGUAAAGCUGUCACUGUUUACAGCUUUCUUCCUGACCACCAUGAUGGGGGUGAGAUUUAAGAGGUCCAAGAAAAGCAUGCCAGCUGGACUGGUUGCAGGUUUAAGCCUCUUGAUGAUCCUGAGACUUCAGUUACUGCUGCUUUGAGAAUCCAGAGAAAGUGAAAACUAAAUCUGAGUCUUUCUGCUCUAACGGCCAGAAGCCUACUGUUUGUACCGAAAAGAUAAAUUCCAGUAUGGAAUGUUCAGUGUGGUCUUAUUUUAUGUUGGAAACUACUCAAGAAACACAGUCGCCUCUAAUAUGGACACUAGUUUGAAGGAUUUUUUUUUUUUUUAAUAAAUAGUUUAACUGUUUUCUAAUUGUUAGAUUCUGAUUUCAUUAAAGAUAUUUUAAUGAAAUUGUGAUGUACAUCAUAAAUUGUGAUGUACUCUUUGAUUUUCUAUGUCAUGUUUUAUAGAUGGUGGUUCCAAAUACUCAUGUCUGGAGUAAGUUUAAACUAUAAACUAUAACUUAUCAGAUGAUGGAAUGCCCUAAGUGGGCUUCAUAGAAUGCUCUUGUAUCUAUUUGUCAUUUGUGUUAUAUUCGAUUUUUUUUCCCAUUUUAAUUGUAUU